AUGACCUGGUACGUUGUAAAAUUUGAUGAUGAGGACACAGUUGAAGCUGUACCUGACAUAUGCACAAAAAAAGCCAAUAAAGCUAAAAACACAAAUAAUCUCUCCUCUAAUAACGAAGAAUUGAAAAGGAAAUAUAGACGUAGGAGCACGAAAAAAAGCCAUCAUAAAGAAUCUGAAAAUGAAUAUGAAUUAUCCUCUGAAACCGAAGUAUCCUCGGAUGAUGUUAUAUAUCCUGUUCCAACUCCAAUAGAAAAAACUCAAUUAAGUGGGAUUAAUGUCACUGAUAAAAAUGAUCAGUUGAAAGCUUCUACCUCUGUUACUACGUCUAAUAAGUCUGAAAAUCUAUUUGCAACAUCACAGCAGCCUACUUCGACUCUUCAACAGAAUAAUGAAUAUCAAAAACGAGUUCUAAGAGAAUUACACAUUCUUAGUUUAAAAAUGGACGAUAUUGUUGAAAAUAUGAGUCUUUUAUUCAAAAGUAAAAGAAAUGAAUCGCAAGACUUAACUUCGCAUGAGGAAAUUCUAGAUAUCACACGAUCAUUUCCGGUAAAUGAAAAUUCUUUAGCUCUGUUAGAAAACUGGUUGAUAGACUCUGACAUAAGAAACUAUUG